AGUUUCAGUUGAGUGCGAUGUUCAAAUAACUGCACAAGAAGGCUUUCCUCUUCCUCCGAUGUCAAGGCGGAGGCGUCAGUAGAAGGGUAUCAGCUGCACCCCUCCCGGACCCGAGCACCGUCACCAAACGCUCGCCAUAGUGACCCGUUCGACUGAGGAUACCAGCGCGAGUUUGACCGUUGAUCGUCAGAAAAGGCGGCUUGUGUUUGUGUGUGUUGGCGGAGAGUGGAAAGACGGCAUCCGGCCUCCGAGAAGCAGGCGAGGGCAGGGACUCGCGUCCAAACAACGUUUACCGUCUCUGGCCCCCCCUGCCUCAGGGGCCCAUGGAGAGGAUGAAGAGGUUUAAGAGACGUUUGUCACUCACUCUGCGUGGUAGCCAGACGAUCGAUGAAUCGCUCUCAGAGCUGGCGGAACAGAUGACCAUCGAGGAGAACAGCAGCAAGGACAGCGAGCCCAUCGUGAGGAAUGGCCGGCCGCCCUCCUCCCACAGCAUGCACUCGUUUUUGCACCAGUACACGGGCUCCUUUAAGAAGCCUCCCCUGCGCCGACCGCACAGUGUCAUCGGGGGCAGUCUGGGGUCCUUCAUGGCCAUGCCUCGAAACGGCAGCCGUCUCGACAUUGUUCAUGAGAAUCUGAAGAUGGGUUCAGAUGGAGAGAGCGAUCAGGCCUCAGGGACGUCCUCGGACGAAGUGCAAUCACCCACCGGCGUGUGUCUCCGCAGCAGAUCUCACCGGCGCAUAUCCAUGGAGGACCUGAAUAAACGCUUGUCUUUGCCUGCUGAUAUCCGGAUUCCUGACGGCUACCUGGAAAAGCUGCAGCUGAGCAGCCCGCCGUUUGACCAACCCCUCAGCCGACGGUCACGUAGAGCCUCGCUGUCAGAAAUCGGCUUUGGGAAACUGGAGACCUACAUCAAACUGGACAAGUUGGGAGAGGGGACGUAUGCCACCGUUUUCAAGGGGCGGAGCAAACUGACGGAUAACCUGGUAGCUCUGAAAGAGAUCCGGUUGGAGCACGAGGAGGGCGCUCCAUGCACGGCGAUUAGAGAGGUGUCAUUAUUGAAGGAUUUAAAGCACGCCAACAUCGUCACGCUUCAUGAUAUUGUCCACACGGACAAAUCCCUCACUCUGGUUUUUGAGUACCUGGAUAAGGAUCUGAAGCAGUACAUGGAUGAUUGUGGAAACAUCAUGAGCAUGCACAACGUUAAGAUUUUCCUGUUCCAGAUCUUGAGAGGACUGGCGUACUGCCACAAACGAAAGGUUCUGCACCGGGACCUGAAACCACAGAACCUGCUCAUCAAUGAAAGGGGUGAACUCAAACUGGCCGACUUUGGUCUGGCACGAGCCAAGUCUGUUCCCACUAAGACUUACUCUAAUGAGGUGGUGACCUUAUGGUACAGACCUCCUGAUGUACUACUGGGAUCCUCCGAGUACUCCACACAGAUCGAUAUGUGGGGUGUUGGAUGUAUAUUUUAUGAAAUGGCUGCAGGUCGGCCGCUGUUCCCAGGAUCCACCGUUGAAGAUGAGCUGCAUCUAAUCUUCAGAUUACUGGGUACACCUACAGAGGACAACUGGCCCGGCAUCUCGUCCAUCGAAGAGUUCAAAUCCUACAACUUCCCCAAAUACAAGCCUCAGCCCUUCAUCAAUCAUGCGCCCAGGUACCUGCACUCUAUCUGUGUGUCUGUGCAGGUGCUGCUUUGCCGUUUCAUACAGUGUGUUUGUUAUGAGCUUGUGUGCUCUGUGAUUUUGCGGUGGCUUCCGUGUGUUUGUCUUGCCACACAGAGCAAAUGACCAUGACCUCAAAGCCUGUGUGUGCGCGGAUGCUGCUGUGGGAAAGUGUGUGUGUUCUUGUGUGUGUUAGAAAGCCAUUUACGUGCCAAUAAAGCA